AUGAUUGAGAUAGUGCACAAAGAUGGGAAGCCCAAGAAGCCUUCACAAUCUGUCAUGAUGAUCCGCUCUAGUGAAAGUAAGUCAGUCAAGGACCCGAUUGUCACAAAAGAAACCUCUUUGAUAGAUGAAGGAUCAGCGGACAAGUUGAUCAUGCCAAAUAAUAAGCCAGAUGUGGUAGUUGAAAAGAAGUCCUCAAGUGAUGUUGUAGCAAAGCAAGAAAAGCCAAAGGUGAUCGUGCCAGGGAUCACAUUCUCGGAUGAUGAUUUGCCUCUGGAGGGUACGGAACACAAUCGAGCCCUCUAUCUCACAGUGAAAUGCGAAGAUUCUGUGGUCACAAGGGUGCUAGUUGACAAUGGUUCCAGUGCAAACAUCUGCCCUCUCUCUACUCUGAACAAGUUAAAAGUCGAUGAUGAGAGGAUUCACAAGAACAGUAUAUGUGUCCGAGGUUUUGAUGGAGGGGGAAAAGACUCUGUUGGUGACAUCAUGCUCGAGUUGACAAUAGGACCGGUUGAAUUUUCCAUGGAGUUCCAGGUACUGGAUGUGGCCGUUUCUUACAAUUUGUUGUUGGGAAGGCCUUGGAUACAUGUUGGCAAAGCAGUUCCAUCUUCUCUACACCAUAUGGUGAAGUUCGAAUGGGAUAGACAAGAAAUCAUCGUGCAUGGCGAUGAGAACUUAUGUGCUUUCAAUGAUACCUCCAUCCCGUUUAUUGAAGCUGAAGAAGAUAACGGGCCGUGGGUCUAUCAAAAUUAG